GAGGGCCAAGACUUGCCGAAGGAGGGAACUCUUUCAGCACUUGGGGUCUCCGAAAGCUCCAAGCUCGAGUGCAAGCACGAUUGCAUGCCCGGAAGGUAUCAAAUGUUCGUGAAGACACUCACGGGCAAAACGCUGAUCUUGGACGUAGAGGGAAGCGACACCGUGGCCGAAUUAAAAGCACAGAUUCAGGACCGCGAAGGCAUCCCUCCCGAUCAGCAACGCUUGAUUUUCGCCGGGAAGCAGUUGGAAGACGGACGGACUUUGUCAGCUUACAACAUUCAAGAAGAGUCCACUUUAUACCUCGUCUUGCGUCUGAGGGAGGUGCCUGCGUCUCAUCCAGCAAUUGGCAUCUCACAAGGCUCCAAGCCCGAGUGCAUGCUCCAUAGCAAGCCCGACUGCAAUCCCGGAAGCUAUCAGGUGUAUGUGAAGACGCUCACGGGCAAAAGGGUGAUCUUGGACGCACAAGGGAGCGACACCGUGGCCGAUUUUAAAGCACAGAUUCAGGACCGCGAAGGCGUCCCUCCCGAUCAGCAGCGCUUGAUUUUCGCUGGGAAGCAGCUAGAAGACGGACGGGCUUUGUCAGACUACGACAUUCAAGAUCAGUCAACUUUACACCUCGUCUGGCGUCUGAGCUGCAAUCCCGGAAGCUAUCAAGUGUUUGUGAAGAUGCUCACGGGACAAACGCUGACCUUGGACGUAGAAGACAGCGACACCAUCGACAACUUGAAAGCAAAGAUUCAAGCAAAAGUAGGCACCCCUCCCGAUCAGCAGCGCUUGAUGUUCGCCGGGAUGCAGCUAGACGACGGACGGACUCUGUCAGACUACGGCAUCCAGAAGGAGUCCACCUUACACAUGAUCUUGCGUCUGCGUGGGGGCAUGUAUGAUCCGAUCUCCGGCCGCCAGGGCUUCGAGGUGCUCUCGGACAGAAUCCUCUUUGAGGAUGGAGAAUCCUGGCAGUUGGACGGGAGUCCGGAAAGCCUAGUUUGCUGGAGCCAAGGUAAGGUCGUGUCGUUCCCUUCAAAAGAAGAGAUGGUGAGCUACCUGGAGUCAUCUCGCGUGGAGUUCCUGCUUCGUCGGUUGGAACAGGUCCAGAGCAGCAGCCAGGAAAUCGAGAAGCAAGCAGGUCUGUGGAUGUCCAGAGCAGCGUCAAGCAGCGUCGCGCACAAUGUAGACAUCCAGGAUACAUCGGACUAG